AUGGCAACCAUUGGAUCUCAAGUUCGUAGUGCAGCUGGAUCUCUAGAUCCAGUUGUUACUGAUUAUGCUGUAGGCUAUCUCAAUCAUCUUUCCAAUAUUACAUUUGAUGCAGUUCAAAGUAAGCAAGUGGAUUUAAGCACAGAAGUUGAUUUCAUUUCAAACCUUUUGCUUGAUGCUGGUGCCACAAAUGAAAAAGUGAAACAAUUGUCUGAAAAUGUUUUGGAUAGAUUGAACCAACAGUUGGAUGAAAACCGUGCUAAGUUGGAAGUUACUGGUGAUACUUCAAGAAGAUUGCUUGACAUUAACGUUUUACAAAGCCAUAAUGGUAAGGCUAAUAUUGAUACCUCUUUGAAUAUGCUUGGUGUUAAUGGUGAUAUCGAACACACAGGUAGAAAGAUGGACACUAGAGUUGAUUUGAAGAAAUUGGCAAAGGCAGAACAAAAGAUUGCCAAGAAAGUGGCAAAGAGAAAUAACAAAUUUGUGAAAUAUGAAGCAUCUAAAUUGAUUGCACCACAGAAGGAAGAAGAUUACGAUUCCUUCUUCUUGAAGAUCAACCCAUUGGAACUUGGUGCUGGUGCCGGUAAAUCAAAGGAUAUCCAUAUCGAUACUUUCGACCUUUACGUGGGUGAUGGUCAAAGAAUUUUAUCGGAUUCAAGAUUAACUUUGAGCUCAGGUCACCGUUAUGGUCUGGUUGGUCAAAACGGUAUUGGUAAAUCCACCCUAUUGAAGGCCUUGUCCAGAAGAGAAUUGAAUGUUCCUAAACACAUUUCCAUUUUACAUGUGGAACAAGAAAUUAAAGGUGAUGAAACACAAGCUUUGCAAAGUGUCUUGGAUGCAGAUGUGUGGAGAAAACAACUGUUGGGUGAAGAAUCGAAGAUAAACGAAAGAUUACAAGAAAUUGAGAAAUUGAGAACUGAAUUUGAAGAAGAUAGUUUGGAAGUUAAGAAAUUGGAUAAUGAACAAGCAGAUUUGGAUAACCGUUUACAACAGAUUGCAGAAAGACUGGUAGAUAUGGAAUCUGACAAAGCAGAAUCAAGAGCAGCAUCGAUAUUAUACGGUUUAGGUUUUAGUCAAGAGGCUCAAAAAUUACCAACCAACUCCUUUUCUGGUGGUUGGAGAAUGAGACUGUCGUUGGCAAGAGCUCUUUUCUGUCAACCUGAUUUGUUACUACUGGAUGAACCUUCUAAUAUGUUGGACGUGCCGUCCAUUGCAUAUCUUUCUGAAUAUUUGAAAUCUUAUCCUUCUACCAUUUUGGUUGUUUCCCACGAUCGUGCAUUCUUGAAUGAAGUGGCAACAGAUAUCAUUUACCAACACAACGAAAGAUUGGAUUACUACAGAGGUCAAGACUUCGAUACUUUCUAUGCAACCAAGGAAGAAAGAAGAAAGAAUGCUCAAAGAGAAUACGACAACCAAAUGGCCUACAGAAAACAUUUGCAAGAAUUCAUCGACAAGUAUAGAUACAAUGCAGCUAAGUCUCAAGAAGCACAAUCAAGAAUUAAGAAGUUGGAAAAAUUACCAGUCUUGGAACCACCAGAGGGGGAGAAGAGCGUCAGUUUCAAAUUCCCAGAAUGUUCCAAACUUUCUCCACCUAUUAUUCAAUUACAAGACGUUACCUUUGGUUACAAUGAAAACAACUUGCUUUUGAAAGAUGUUAACUUAGAUGUUCAACUAAAUUCGAGAAUUGCACUUGUUGGUGCCAACGGUUGCGGUAAGACUACGUUAUUGAAGAUCAUGAUGGAAACUUUGACUCCUUUGAAGGGUUAUGUUUCAAGGAAUCCUAGACUACGUCUUGGUUAUUUCGCACAACACCACGUCGAUGCCAUGGACCUUAACGCAUCAGCUGUGGAGUGGAUGUCCAAGACUUUCCCUGGUAGGAGUGAUGAAGAGUAUAGACGUCACUUGGGUUCUUUUGGUAUCACUGGUUCUUUAGGUCUACAAAGAAUGGAGCUACUAUCAGGUGGUCAAAAGUCCCGUGUCGCGUUUGCCGCUCUAUGUUUGAACAAUCCACAUGUAUUGAUUCUGGACGAACCUUCUAACCACUUGGAUACCUCUGGUAUCGAUGCACUUGUGGAUGCCUUGAAGAAUUUCACUGGUGGUGUUCUCAUGGUUUCCCACGAUAUCUCUGUCAUUAACAGUGUUUGUAAUGAAAUUUGGGUUUCUGAGGACGGUUCCGCUAGAAGAUUCGAAGGUACUAUUCAUGACUACAAGAAGUACAUCUUGGAGUCCGCUGACAAGCAAGGUGUGGUCAAGAGACAAUGA